CUUGCGCUUUGUGAUUGGUCCGGCGGCUUCUGGGAUCUGUCAUGUGUCCCAGGUACCGCCUUACCAUUCACAAAAAGCAAACCGCUUCUUGCGCAUGCGCACGAUGGCACCCGGCUGUCAAGCCCAGCGCCCACACUACAGAAGCCGGGAAGACAGCGCGCCGCUGGAUAGAGGAACAGGUAAGGUCCCGCUGCAGAGCUGACCGGCCGGCCCGGUAUUCUGACACGGCCGCGGUGGAAAUACCGGCCCCGGCCGCUCCAUAUUCGCUCCAUAAGACGCGCUAAACAU